AUGUCCGAUCUGGGGUUGUCGAAUGUCGCCCAGGAUGCAUCCAAACCACGCACCCCGGAGCGGGCGCAUCUAGGCUUGGAGUUCAUGCCCGACGGCCCAGGACCGCACCCGGACGAUCGGCCCCGUCAUGUCCGGUCGCAAGUUUCACUGCGAUCGCAAUCUCAUAUCGCCUCCGUGCCCUCAAAUACGGGGUUGCCCGCCGGUGGAGAGCCUGAGAUGGCCGAAGAACUGGCUUGGGGCCCUGCUCACCCGUGUUUUCCUCACUUCAACCCGCACGUUUCGAUCAACUCCGAAGAAUUCCUCACAACGCGUAUCAUCCGGAUUCGACGGGAUUGGAUGGUUAAGGGGGAUCUCGCUCCGACUUUCUCGAAUCUAUAUCCCGAGAUUCUCGAUCCGCUGCUUCCGGAGCAAGAAUUCCGCAGAGUCAUCGCUACGGUGAAUGACGAGCUCAUCAAAGCCUUCGAUCCCUUCAGCUUCCGCAAUAUCAUCGACAGCGUCUUAGGCUUGCUUACUGGCUGGUUAUGGGAGGACGUGGGUGCUCCCGCGAUCAAGAGUCACUUGAACAGCGUGGAAUCGUGGCUAGAGAACUGGAAUAGGGAGGUUGGGGCGAAGGAUGGAGUGCACAUCUGGAGUCUACGACGGACGGCCUAUCUUUCGUUAGAUAUCCAAAUCCCGGAUCCAAAGGUUGGUAUCAUUCCUAGUGAGAGUGGCUUCUCCUUGCCUGGAACUCGCCCGAGCAGUGGUGCGGUGUGA